AUGGCGACUGUCAAUGAUGAUGUUGAGCUGAAAAAGGCAAAGGGAGGGAUUGCCGGCUGGUUGGUGAGUUGAUUUGUUGAAACCUUGGAUUUUUUAAGUUUUCAUUUAGUUUUUAAAGGAGUUACCGAAAACUAUUGAACUUGCAGCAGAGAUUUGGUUUUAGUUAUGAUAGAAGCUUUGUGUCGUUUUCAAGGAAAUAAACUCUUAUCAAGAAUUUUCACAAAAAAAAAUCUUAUCAAGAAUUUUUCCGAGGUGUGGAUUCCGAGAAUUUUAACCCUUGGUUCCACACAAAAAAAUAGAAGAGUUGACUUUAUUAAAUAUUUUUUUCAAUUGUUUUCUCUUCAUAAAGAUUUUUUUGAAUUAGUAAAAAAAUUUGAUCUUAUAUUUUCUCCCACACUUCUCAUAUUUGUGAUAUUCAAUAAAAAUCAAUUUUCAGGGCUUAGGCUUAGGCUUAAAUUCUGUAAAGUAAGAAAUUUUCUACAGGUUUCAUUUUUUUAUUAAUCUUUAAUUGAAAUCGAAUAAGAAGUAAUUUUUGUACAUUGUUGCCAUUUUUUUCUGAAAAAAAUAUAUAUAUAUGUUUUUUUGUUCGUGGACAUCUUCGUAAAGGCGUCCCUCUGGACUCUUUUUGUUCGAAUAAUUUCAGAUUUUUUUCUAAAGAAUGGUUCUUUUUAAUAGCAAUAGGUUCUUUUUUUCCGAAAAAAAUUAACAGCUUUUUUUGAAGUUUGAGAAAAAUUAUGAUAUUUUUUUAUUUUGCGUUUCAUGGACUGUUAGGUCCUUUUGUGGAACCCUUUAAAAAAACUUUAACUCGAAAUUUUAUUUUUUUACAUCAAAAAAAUAUUGGGAAAUUCCAGCCACUGAUCACCCUCCUGUUCCCGUUCGCCGUCCUCUCAGGCGUCCUUCAUAUUAACGGCAAAACCCAAGAACAACUCGAAAAGGAACGACAAUGCUUCGAAACUUGCUCGUAAGACAUUUCGUGUUAUCGAUUUGGAAAGCCUGAUAACUUAUCAAUCGGGAAUUGCAAAACAAAAUUUGUUUUCGGAAGAAAAAAAAAACAGUGGCUAGUGAUAAAGUUGAGGUUUUUUUUUUGCAAAAUGAUGUUUAGGAUUUUUGGUUGGUGGUUACGAUUUGCUUGACAAUUAGAGAAGGAUCCUUCUUUUUUUUUCCUCGCACUUCGCGAUUUAUUUGAAAAACGUAUUUUUUAAAGUUUAAGCUUCAUUUUCUCAGGUUUCCUUCGAACUUAUCAAUCUGGAAAGGUCAAUUUUUUCAAAUCUUCAGAAUACGAAUCGUCGAAUCGAUUCCGACCAACUUGACAUUUGGCGACGUUCUUCUGCCAAUGUCGACCUACGAAGCUUGGACCAGACUCAUAGUUAAUGCUGAGCACGACCUCGCCAUCGCAGCCUACAAGUCCAGUCUUCAAGGAAAACACGUCCUCGGCCAACUCGACAAGUUCUAUUCGAAUGAGGUAUCUUGAAAUUCAUAAGCUCAUCCAGUAUUUUGAAACUCUGAAGAAUUUCAAAAAAUUUAAAUACUUUUUCAAGCUUUUCGAGGGUUUCUCAAAUUUUAAGUUUUUUUUAAACUCUUCUAGGAUUCAAACUUUAAUCAUGAGGUUCUCAAAGUUUUUAAGUUUUCAAAGGAGCAAAGGACGAGUUUUAUGGAAAUUUCGACACGAAUAGAAAAUCAGAAUUUGCAAAAAAAAAACCUCCAAGUGCUCUGGAACGAUAUUAUCGGAUUAGAUAAAGAAAUUUAUAAUAUCUUUUUUAUGCAAUUCCAAUUUCCCCUUUGUAAUAUAUUUUACAGGGAGAUUCGGUCUACGACUCGAUACUGAAAGCCGGAAAAGCCGGAAAAGCCAAAGUGAGAAUGGUGGAGAACUAUCCGCCCAAGGACAAGGGCGACAACGCCGAUGGGAUCAUUUUGCAGAACUUCGGUUAGAAACCAAGCAUUUUUAUCUUAGACAAAAACUUUAGGAGCUGUAUCCAGAAGGUCCAUUGAUAUCAGUAAUUACCUGGGGCGAGGUAAAAUGCACUCGAAAUUCCUGUUGGCCGAUGGGAAAAGCUUUUAUUUGGGCUCGGCGAACCUUGAUUGGAGGUCCUUGAAUCAGGUUAGAGAAAUUUUCAAUCUACUCUUGGAAAGUUGAAAAAGAUUAUGAUGGCCAGUUUUUUCGGAUUUUUGAGUUAAUAUUUUUGAAAGUGAUAAUAAAUUCGAAUUUGACUUGAAACCCAUAACCGGUCUUGAAAAUACCAAAAACAAAUAUCGAGUCAAAGUAAUAAUUUCAGAAAAUGGAGCUCGGCGUCCUUGUGGAGAACUGUGCUUGCCUCGGCGAAGACAUGACCAACAUCUUCGAUUCGUUAUGGCUUCUGACCAAAAAAGGCGUCAGAAACAAUGACGCUCUAUCGAAACGGGCGGCUUUCAACCGGGAUAAUCCGCUCAAAAUCCAGGUCCACGGCCAGCCGGCUGAUGUCUACAUUGCGGUAAGGAGCAUCGGAAUUUUUAGUCUUGAAAACAGUUCUUUUUAGAUUUUUUUUUUGAUCAGUUGAAUAGAAAAGACCUUUACGCGUUUUAUUUUGUCUUCCUACUUUUUGAUAAGAAAUAUCAGUUAUUUUUUCCUCGUUUCUGCGAAAACUUUUGGCCAUUAUAGGGUUUAGACUUUUGAGUGGCCACUAGAGUAGCCUAAUUAGGAGCCACUUAAGGGGUUGAAAAUUAGUGACCACUAUAGAAAUCUAAGUGCUACUACGUAGUUUUUGACCCCUAAAGUGACCAAUAAGAAUUUUAGUGGCCACUUUAGGGGUCAAUGGAUCAACAUAACCGGUCAAUAUUUUUGUUUUAAAAUUAUCAGAGUUACUGGAAGGAAUACUGGAUGAAAAAUUACUGAAGUGACCACUAAAUAGAGAGCCUCUUUAGUGGCCACUAAAACCGAAAAUAGUGGCCACUUUAGUGUCCCCUUCAAAUAGUACUUGGCGAGCCUCUAUAGUGGCCACUAAAAAAAUUUUCCCAGUUUUUUUCUAUAAAUUUUAGAAAGAAAGAUAGUUUCAUUCCAGACUUCGCCAAAGGAACUGAGCAACCGAGGCCGAACCUGGGAUCUUGACGCGAUUGUUGGAGAAAUCGACGCCGCCAAAAAGUUCAUCGACGUCCAUGUUAUGGACUACUUUCCGCUGUUUUUGUAUAGGAAACCGCAAUUGUGAGUCCAUUAAUCUUUUUUUUCAAGAUUCAGGAGGAUUUUCAGCCGAAAAGAUUUAAAAAUUAGGUUUUUCGACGCGGUUAUCUUAUAUGGAUUUCAAGGAAAAAAAGUCAAAAAAAUUAUAUAAAAAUAAAUAUCAAUCAAAAAAAUGUUUUUCAUCUUCAACAAAAAUUUUUUUCUAUCCUAAAAAUUCUCUUUUUAUAUUCAAUAUAUUAAAUUUUUUUAUAAUCAGCGCUUUCACUGAAAAAAAUCCCAUGGUUCUAAAAAAAUUGGUCUUGAAAGUUUUGAAUGAAAAAAAGAUUUAUUCAUCGAUUUUUUUUUCUAGUUUUUCAAUCCAAUUCAAAAAGCUCUAUUUCAUGUAACGUGGCUUCUACAUCAAAAAUUCGAUUUCAAUAGUUUUUUUUUUUUUUCCAGACACUUCCCCCAAAUCGACGAUGCUCUACGACGGGCCAUCGUUCGAGGCGUCAAAGUCCGACUUUUGUCGGCGGCUCUUCAUUAUCCAAAUAUGGGAACCCGAUUCCUGAGAUCUCUUCAAUCUUUGAAUAAUAUCAGAGAAAAUGCGACUAUCCAAGUGGUGAGCAGGAUUUGAAAAAAUCCAAAAAACUGAAUUUUCUUCUGUCGCAAAAACAAUUUUUAAGAAAUCGAAAACACAUCUGGAAAGAUUCUUGUAUAUGAAUCUUCAAAGUGAAUUUUUUUUUUGAAAGCUUUUUUUGGUAUAUAGUUUUUAAAUUCCUAAAAUUCAAAAUUCAAGAUAUAACCAAGAAAAUUCAGAAAAUCUUCAAAGUUCCGACCUCAAACACGGAUAAUAUCGUGAUUCAACGGGAAAGACGAACGCAUAAUAAGUUUAUGGUUACCGAAUCGGCUGUCAUUAUUGGUAAUUUUAUUUCAAUCAAGCAAAUUGUAUAUUUUGAUCCUUUCAGGUACUUCAAACUGGUCAGGAGAUUAUUUUAUCGGAGGAACUACUGGCGCGGCGAUUGUCAUGAAGCAGACGGAGAAGAAAAGACCGUUGGUUGAGGAAAUGAAGGUAGGAUCAUAGAUUAAUUAUUUUUCUUCUUUCGAAUCAUAUAUUUUUUUCUAUUUCUACAAGGACCCGCAUAAUCAGAUCUCAAAGAGAUAGUCACCAGAACCUUUUUAUUUUUCCUAACUACUUGAGUGGUCACUCUAACCUUUCGGAAGCUAGUAUUGGAAAAGUAUUGGCUUUCUACUCAAAUUUUCUAUCUCUUUUUCUGAACUCCGAACCCUUUAGUAACUUCUCCAGGUAAAGCGCAGCUUUCAAAGAAGCUAAAAAGUCGAAGUGGUCCCUUCAGGGAUCUUUCUGUUAAUUCAUAGGCAAAGUCAAAAGGACCCUCCGCAGGUCAUAAAGGCUGCUGGAAGGCUCGAUAGAAAUGUUCCUUUCAGGGCCAUGAAGGCUCCCUUUUUGCUGCCUUUUUGCGCCAUUUUCUCAGCCCUUAUGCACCAUUUUUGCUGCCUCUCCUUUUCUCCACCAUUACUCGAGCCUUUCAAAUCCCAGAAAAAAGGCUCGAUAAAGGGACUCUCUUUGCUCCCUUUCUGCGGCCUUUUUUGAGCCUCUCCCUUUUUAGCGGCCCUUAUCCCCCAUUCCGACUCUGCACGAGAUCCUUUCAGCUCUACAAUUUUCAAAAACCCGCGUCAGGGAGAUAAGAAGUCGAAGUGGCAUUUCUAUCAGCUUUGGGGUCCUAAAGUGAUCACUCCAGCUUUUCAAAACUCCAACAGAAGCACAGAAAUCAAUCUCGAAGUUUCCAAGAAGCUCUUUUCUUCAUUUAUGAUUUUUAUCAUUUUUUGGCUUUGAUCAAAAUUUAAGAACCUUCAAAGAAGUUAUUAGAUAUCCUGACUUCGAUAGGAUCCUCUCUUCUGUUAUUAUUUUUUCCUGACUUUCAAGAUGUCAUUCGAAAUUCCAUUAAAAGUUCCAUCAUUACACUUUGAAUAUUGCAGGCGAUUUUUGAACGAGAUUGGGAAAGCGCCUACGCCCAUCCGCUCGACGAUUACUUCGAGAACUGCGUCAAGACGAUAACCGCUAAUUUUUGUGAAGGUGAAAAAGACCCGAGACUGUUCGCUAGUCCACAAAUGAUGGAAUGA